AUUUAAGUCCUCAAGCGGCGAAAAGACCCAAAGUGAAAGGAGGUGGUUAGCAUAGCUGUCCAGUCAGGUGGUGUCUACAGAAUUUUUAUAGGCUUAGCCUUCAAGUCCAGGUGCUGAUUAACAUCCACAUUUGCCAUGAAUUUGGAGCCAGCCAAGCCUGAAAUAAAAUCAGCUACUCGUGUCACAGGGGGACCUGCCACACCUAGGAAAGGACCCCCAAAGUUCAAACAGCGCCAGACCAGGCAGUUUAAAAGCAAACCUCCCAAGAAAGGAGUGCAGGGAUUUGGAGAUGAUAUACCAGGGAUGGAGGGCCUGGGAACAGACAUCACCGUUAUUUGCCCUUGGGAAGCCUUUAACCACUUGGAGCUGCACGAGCUGGCCCAGUAUGGCAUUAUCUAAACAUCCUUGUCUGUGUCCCUACCCAAGACCUUUUUCUGCAGGGAUAAAUCAUGUGUACGUCUAAAGCACCCAGCUCUCUGUUCAGAGAAGCCAGCUUUCUGCCCUGGCACAGAUGCAUGACCACACCCCAGCUGUUAUCUUCUGUACAUGUGUGCAAUGACCUUAUACAGUUUUUUUACAUGGAUGCCACAAUGUGAACUUUUGUAGUAGAACAGAGGUUAUCUCAAUCUUGUAAUUUCUUUCCUUCUUGAUCAGUAUCAGCCCUGCAAUCCCACAACAUGGGCAAAAUAUCUCAGCUGUUUUUGCCAGUUUCUCCCUUCCUAAAAUCUAUAAUUCAGAUUUUUCUUUAUUCAUUGUCUUACCAUAAUAUUCAUUUUUACCAGGCCCUUCCCAACUGUCUGUGAUUCUCUACUUCCAUACUGAAAAAGCAGAGGCAGAGGAAAUGGGGUUUUGUGAGGUCAUUGGCACAAAUGACGUUUUGAUUGCUGCUUAAACUAUUGGUUAUGAUUAUGAAAGAUCAUUUUGCAAACAAGUGGUCCUAGAACCAUUAUAAUCCCUUUAAAGCGCACUCUGGUGGCUCCAGGGCUGCUUGUGGCAUUCCCAGUGCUGACAGUGGAAACAGCAAUCAAAAUGCCUAAUGUACAUUUUGCAUGCCUCAUCAACAUUGGAGUUUUUACCUGAAUGCUAUUUGGUUCUGACUGCUGAAAUUGCACUUACAGUUAAUAUUGUCCUAUGAGACAAAUUCAGUCUCAGCAUAAACGUGAUAGCAUGCUGAUCCAGCUGGGUAAAAACUUCAGUCUGCAUAAGGUCAAACCUUACACUCAUGUUUAGAUACUGUACAGUCCUCAGUACCUGGCAAUGACCUCUCCAAUAUUAUUUCCUAACUAGUGUACUGACAAAAGCUUUUAUGCAAAAUGCACAUUUUCCAUAAUAAAUUACUCUAUAUUGAAUUUGUGCAGCGUCAUGUAUCUAUAAUUUCCCUGCUGUAUAAAUCAAUGGCUUCCUGAUCAUAAAUAAAACUAAUGUUUAUACAUAUACCCCCCCCCUCAGCCCUUUCUCCAUAUAAAUCACUUGUAAUCUGUUCAUGUAAUCCUUACACUGCACAACUGUUUUAUAAGAUAAAAAUUCAAGUGUGGAUUUAAAUCCAGUGGUAACAAAGGUGUUUUUAAAAUAAACACAGUGAUUCAAAUGA